AUGAAUACCAGGAGUCUUCAAAUGCCUUCCUGGGUCUGCUGCAAUUCCUGCUUUUCCCCCCCCAGUGCUGACCGCAAACUGGCUGUCACCUCUUGUGGCCAUAUCAUCUGUAGUGUCUGUUAUCAGAAAGGCAAGCAAGGCAAGUGUUUAAUAUGCAGUGCCAAAUGCCAAGUAUCACCACUUUCUGACAAAAGCAGCUCUGAAGUGAAGGCCCUGUUCUCUGACAUCAAGGUUGUGACAGCCAAGCCCUUGGCGGAAAUCAGCAAAGUCAUAAUGUUCCAGGCAAGGCAUCAGAAGAGACUGUUGACUCACUACCAGCAAAGGAAUGAGAAGCUAGAGGAGAUAUUAGUCAAAAUGAAGCAAGAAAUGCAGCAAAUGACAAAGAAACUGAACGAACAGAGCGCCUACAUUGCAAAGCUGGAAAACUCUCUUCAACAUCAGAGUGCCAAAGCUUCAUCUGUGCCCCAGAUCAGCCACAGUUCCCAUAUAGCUCGUGGACAUAAGUCAGUCCUACAGAUCCCAUAUAACUCCCCCAUCUCCCUGUCACGGCAUUCCUCAGCUACUAAUGUCUCUGAAAACAUGGAGGUGGAUGAAAGGAGUCUGUUCAGGAAAGUAAGUGCCAUUAUUUCACCUUCACCGAACUCUGUCCCCAGGCUGUCAUUUAUCAAUCCUCAAGAUGGACGAAUGGGAAGCAUCCCUCACAGAUCGUCCAGCCAAACCACAUCAACCAAGCACUCAGCGUGCUCAGCCACAGUCAGUCGUUUUCAAGGAGCACCUUUGACCCCUGACAUGUCAACCAGCCAGAGUUCUGGAUGGAAGUCCCCCAUCUUCACUCUUCCAUCCGCCUUCAGACACUCCAUGUCCUCCCUGGACCGCACUUUUCCUUAA